UCAUUUGCCAACAUGGCAGCGCCCAUGGACACGAAAACUUCGUCUGAAACGUUCACGAUUGAUUUUGUGAAUAAACAAUUUGGCAGUGAUCUUAAGAAGUUGCAGUUAGUUGUAAAUGUUUAUCAAACACACAAAGAAAAGCAAGCAAACCUUACAAAACAGUUGUCCUUGGCCAGCAGUGAGGCACCCAGUGAGCUCGAGCAAGGCAUUAAAAAUGCAGAAAAAGCUCGAAGUGACGUAAGAAAGCUGAGGGACCGCAAUGACAGACUGUACCAUGAGAUUCAAGACCAGACAAGAGACUUGAGUACAGUUGUGAAGGAAACCAGUGCCUUGUCGGCAGAAAUAUCUGAGCUUGAACAGUUAACAAAAUACCUUCAGUGUGUAAAAAAAGUUGACACAACAAGUUCACAGAUUGAAGUCCUUCUGCAGUCUGACAACCUUCUGAAAAGUGUGGAUAAAUUUGCAGAGCUAUCAGCUCUAUAUACCAAUUUAGGGACUUCCAAAUGUCAUAACAUGGUGAAAUAUGUAAAGGACACAACUAUUUAUUGGUACAAGAACCUCAAAAAUAAAAUAGCAAGUGAGUUUGAAGAGACUCUUAAGCAAAUGAAGUGGCCUUUGGUGGCAAUGUCAAUCAAAGCCCCACCAGUACAGAAUACUGCUGAAGCAAAAACUAAAAUGGAAUUAUUGUUUAAGCAGCUUUUAAAAUUGCAGUUACCGUCUAGCCUGCAAGGUGAAGUAGAGCAGCUACCAUCUUGUGUUGCCAGUAUGCCAGGCAUACGCAUUCCAAUAUUGCCACUUUCACUCAUGGUAAAGCCACUGCGACGCCGUUUUAAGUACCACUUCUUUGGAAAUAAACAGACAAAUGACCUCGCUAAGCCUGAGUGGUACUUCACCCAGACAAUCAGCUGGAUACGAGACCACCUGGUGUUCUUGGAGCAGAGAGUACAACCCCUGCUACUGGAGGCAGGUACACAGACCAAUGUAAAGACUGAGUUCAUGGUUGCCAUGACGACCCUGGUAAUGGAGAAGAUGCUGACAGACCUGCCAGAGUUGAUGAAUGAUGACCACCAGUUCUCCCACCUUGUGGACGAGGCCUUGCUGUUUGACCGUGAGAUGCGCAUGUCUUAUGCAUACCCCACCUGUUUGCCUGGGGCCCUUCAUGUCCUCUCACAGGACACAUACUUCAGGAAAUGGCUGCAUAUUGAGCACAAGUUUGCCACAGAGAAGCUGGACGGCAUGAUGUCCUCCUACACAGCCUGGGACUCCCAGUACAAGCACAUCGCUGACGUGGAUGAACAGAAAGUGCCUGAGUGUGGGGACAGCUUCAUGACCCUGCUUCUCACCAUCACUGAUCGUUACAAGUCGCUACCAGAGCCUGCUCUGCAGCUGGAGUUCCUGGAUCUGCAGUUGGAACUCCUGGAGGACUUCCGGGUGCGCCUGAACCAGGUGAAGAACAACACCCACAACAUCCUGAGUGGCCAGUACUGUGCCAUCCUAAACACAGCGCAUUUUGUGGCAGAUGUUUUGCGGGAAUGGAGUGAACUUGUGUUUUUUCUGCAGCUCCAAUACUUCAAAAUGGUGAAUACCAGUUCAACAAAACAGUCCUUGUCAGAGGACGACAUCCCUUUUGGCUACACAACACUAUUUGAUGAGAUGAUUAGCCUAUACAGCCACCUGGAGAAUGACAUGCUGUCCACUCUCGUCUCCCAGGUAGCUAUGGACGUGCGCUCUAGGGGCAAACCAUACAAGGAUGACAGGUGGAUCUCUCUGCCGCACCAGAAGGAGAUGACGCUGGGCCUGUCCACGUCAGCCUGUGAGAUGCUGCUGGUGUUGAAGGAUCAUCUACUGGACGUCUCUGAGCUCGUUAGCAAGCCAGUGUUCACACAUUUCUGGGAGAAAAUGGCCGCUAACCUUAACCAGUAUAUAUUUGAGGAGGUGAUAUUGCGAAACAAGUUCAACCAAGGAGGUGCUGGUCAGUUACAGUUUGACAUGCAACGAAACAUGUUCCCUUUGUUUGGAGAAUACACAUCAAAACCAGAAAGCUACUUUAAAGAGGUGAAGGAGGCUUGCUUUUUGUUGAACCUCAACGUUGGUUCGGCCAUUCUCCUCAAAGAGACCCUAUACGAGGCACUGCAUACACUUCCCCGGGAGCCGGACAGGAUAUCACAGGCCAAGGCAGCCCUCUCAGACGUGGGCGUGUUUAAACUGACAUUAGACCAAUCAGAACUGGUUCUUAGUUUGCGGACUCACAUGGCAACAUGAAGAUUAUAACAUCUGUGUGACGUCAUUAUUGAUUGGCUUUGAAAAUAAAAUGUGAAGAUACAGUACUGUAUACAUUUGAAUGAAUUGUUCGGGGUAAUUCAUUAACCCAGUUAUAUAUGGUUAUUCAACUUAAUGUUUCUAGAACUAAAAAAAAAUUGUUACUAACCAGGUUUUUCAAUAAAAUUGAACAUCCUGGUUAUUAGAUUAAGGUGUUGGGCAUGCUAUUGGACUUGUUGGCGGGGUCAAACAGGUUUGUUCUGGUCAAUAACUUUUGUAAACAUCCACAAAUCUUGAUUAAACUUAAGAUAUAGCAAGCUUGCAUCGAGUCAGAGCUUGAUAAUGCAUAAGCGAAGUUGAAGGUCAAGGUCACUGUUCCUAAAAUUAGAAUAUUGGUUUCAAAUUGAUAACUAUAUAUGAUGGAGGUAUUUCAUGGAAACUUUGUAUGUAUGCAGACCAGGCAUGGAAAUUAGGGAUAAAUGUCAAUUACUUUGUUGAUAAAAAUAGGAAAAAAAGAUUUAUGCUUAAGAACUUGAAUAUUUAUCUUGAAUAUGGAUUGAUAUAUUGUGAUGAUUUGUUUUGCAUAUGUUUUAUUGUGUUGCCAUAUGUCUCGUAUAUAUAAUAUAUUGUUGUUGUUGUUAUUGAAUUUUGUGCAUAAAAUGUGUACUUAUAAAAGUCCAUUUAUGCUUAAAAAAUAUUAAAGUACUGCUAAUGGU